AUGCAUACUUCGACUGUGCACAGAAUUUUCAUCUCGGCUAUCUCAGAAUUUUGCCUUGGGUCCUGCUGAGCAAAAUUAGGGUACAUACUCUGAAAUAACAGGGAUUUUAGCAUUGCUUGACUAAAAGCAGAAACAUCCCGUAUGCAAGUGCCAGCCAGCUGUGAAGUGGAGCCCCUUGGUGAGGUAUGUUCUUCAUUUUGGGUUGUUUGCCCAGCUACACUCUGCCACUGUUGGGCAUGCCAUGAGGAGAGCUCCAUAGCAGGGGGAUGAUGGGAGAGGUGAGAUGUGGGGGACAUGUCUCUGCUGCACAGCACGGGGACUGCUCUUCAGCACCGGAGGAAGCAGAAAGAUGGUAACGUGCUUGAUGACUGCUGGAGGUGUGUGCUUUGCCAGUACCAAGACGGAGGAGUGGAGUGGGAAGGAGGGGUUAAUGGAAGAACUGAAGAGGUACUCAAUAGACCCACCUUCAUACAUAACUUAAUUAAUCCUGCCUUAGAGGUACAAAAAUGCUUAACAUCAUUCAUGUAAACACUGAGCUACCUACUUUUUUAGUAUAUCCUGAGGACUUUCACAUUUCUGUUUAAAGCUAAAUGAUUACUUCAGUAAUUUUUAAGUCUCAGAGAAAAUAAAAGGAAUCCCACCAUAAAUGUGGAAUAAAGGCGUUCAACUAGUCAUAUUCUGCCAUGACUGCAUCUGCAAUCUGCUUCCAGGAGCCCCCAAAACACAGGGAAAAUGGUAUGUUUUUAGAAGCUUGGGAUUUGUCAAGUCGGGGCCUUUAGCCUUUCAUGCAAACCCUUUUCCGUAAUGUUGGUUCAAGAUGCAAGAAUACUAGUCAUACAGCACAUUGUUUUAUUUUUCACUUAGCAUCAUUGAAGGAUUUAGCUAUGAUGCCAUUGGGCCAAAGUUUCUAUGAAGCGGUGAAAACAACACUGAAUUUAACUGCUGCAUCAGUACAGGAUAGGAGCUUCGAAGGUUUUCAGUAUAAACUUUCUCUCAUGGAUGUUUUGUGGAAUCUGCUUGCUGUGAGAGCAGAACUUGAAUCCAGGUUUGGUUUUGAUGAUCUUCAUGUUGAGAAGCUGCUAAGUUAUACAGUGCAAUUAACAAAGAUUCCCAUAGGAGAGCCAUUGGAGCAGUUUGUGUGCUCUGCUCUGUCCAGUGUGCCAGAAGAUGAAGCAAACAAAGAGAAUAAUAAAGAGGGCUGUAUUUCUGCAUGGCAUGAGGCCAAACUGUGUCUUGUUCAUGCUGUCAGCAAGCUCAGACUCUAUGCAGAGGUAUUUGAGCAAUGGUGCAGCAGCAGCAGGCUCUCUCACAAACUCCUUUUGGAACUUGAAAGAAUGAUAGCUGAUUUAAUGUCUCAGUUUCUAGAUGACAGGAAAGCCAGGAAGCUUUUUUCAGAGAUAAAUACCCUGAUCCAGCAAUGGAAUGAGAAAUCAGGUAACUACUUUUCAGAAGGAUAUACUGCAUCUCAUGACCUCAUUUUGACAUCUUUCAAAGAGUUUUUGAAGAGGGAAGGAAACCUAAGGAUUUCUGAUGAAAAAGAAAUGGAUCAUCUUUUUCAUCUUGUAGAAAUCAUAGACAAAAUUAUAAUGCUUGAUUUCUCAGCUUCUUCAAACCAGUCUCUAAUCGAAAAUGUCUUCACUAAUACAAUUAUGUGGAUGAAAAAUUUUGCUGAGGGGAAGGAAUCUGCCACCAAUUUCUCAGUAGCGGUUUCUGAGCUCUGAAAAAAUUUCCAGCCUCUUCAGAGAUUCUGGAGAAAAGAGAAGACGGAAGUUUUCUGGCACAGUGAAAUUGUAUUCUGUGAACUUGAUUCUAGGCUGUCUCAUUUAAGUCAAGUGGAAGAGGAGGAGGUACUGGAGACCUUAUCUGGAAUUAUAUUUUCCAUUACAGAAAAUAAUAUCUGUAAUAGAAGUAUGUUAUUGCUCCAAAAUAUCCUGACUGAUUGGCCGAGGUUAAAUAUUGUUGCUUUGAACCAUCUAAAAUACUUAAGUGAAAACUUCCCAAAGAAUCUCUAUGAGGUUGGAUCAUUGACUGAUGAUCACGUCACUGUGUCUUUCGGCACAAUUCAUGGAGUGAGUAAUGCCUCCUCUUUCCUACUCUCAAAUGCAACUUAUAUAUAUAAAGUACAAGAAUUAGGAGAAAUUGGGCACAAUUUCUUCAAAAACAUCCCAAAACUAAAUAGUAUUAGCGUGGCCUCACUUGUUUCAAUACUUUUCUCCCUGUAUCAGAAUGAUGAUCUGGUCUUAAAUAUUGAGACCAAUAGCACUCUGUUAACAUUUCUUUAUGAGACUUCAAAAGAUAUUUCAUCUUUUCAAGUGUGGCAUGACUUCCUAGAUGGGGAUCGAGUUUUUGAUUUUCUGUCUGAAACUUUUGAUCAUCUCUGGAACUUCACCAGUAAGUCUCUCUGUGAAAAGUUACUAAUCAUUUACAACUACACAGAGUUUCAGGCCCAGUCUCUUGCACAGAAAGGGAAAAAAGGGAUGCAAGUUGUCUAUAGCACUCUGAGCAGCCUUAAAACUUUGUUUAUAGAUGAAGAGCUCCAAACAGCUGCCUUUUGUUAUUUUGAACAGUUUCUUGAUAUCUCCCCAGAAUGCCUGCUAAAUAGUGGGUGCGUUGAUUUUUAUCUAUUAAACAUUACUUCUGUAGAUCACUUGGCAGAGGUUUACAUUCUGCUUCCAUUGGACAGUGUUCUGUCUAGUAUAACAAACUUGGGAGAUAAGGUAAGUGUGCCUUCUGCUUUGCACUGCCCUUUUACAUGGCUGCAAACCUGGACAGAGACUUUUGAAAAAGCAUCCAAAAUCUUAAGUUUGAAUUCAACCUUUUUUUGUCUAAGAAAUGAUUUGGCAAAUCUCUGUCUUUUAAAUGCAACUCAUGACGAACCGUGCAACAAUACAGCUAUGGUUAUUGUUGAAACUACAACAGCAACAAUGAAUCUAUUAAAAUUAAUAUUUGAAGGAAAUGGCGAUUUAAAUGACUGGAAAGAUUUUGAAGCUUUCCUUGCUAAUCUUCAAAGCGUAUUUAACAAUGCAGUUGAUGUCACAAGAUCACUUAAAGGUAACAGUUUAGAAAGUGUUUUAGAAAUGAUGGGCGUCAUGAUAACUGAAUUGCAGAAAUCCAUGCUGAAGGUUGUUAGUGGAGAGUUUUCAAAUUCUUUGCUUGAUACUUUUGUCUCAGGAGGAUCUGAGGGAGAAGAUAGGGGUGCUGGUGUAUUUUCCAUUGGAUAUUCCCUUUCUAAUUCUCAAAAGGAACUUGGAAUUAUUCUCACAGAGAUAAAAGACACAACUGCUUUAUUUAAAAGUGUACCUCAAGGGAAAUGUAUAGUUUGUAUCAGCAUUUCCCUGAAUAUUACCAAACUAAUUUUGGACAACACUCUGAAAGAGAUAAGCUGUUCCCAAACAAAUUUUUCAUCUCAUCUCAAUUCCUUUCUAAACUUUUAUAGUACAGUGGAUGAAGCAGAGGAUUGUAACAGAUGGAGGAUACAUGCAUUAAGUAAUCUCAGUGAAAAAUACAAGUCACCUUCCUACCUUGAAAGUGCAAAACUUUUUUUAUUUCUACUGAAAUCUCUGAGGAACGAUGAGACAGAUGCUAAGCUAAUGAACGUGAUGGACUUUGUUAAUUUGAUUUUUAAUUUGAUACUCCCUGAAUGGUCUCGAACUGGUUCUGAUGUGAUUUGUACAAAUGUGUAUUUCAAUAUUAUAGCAGAAACUUUAAAAUUUUUUGUCCCUGAAUUUUAUGUAAAAGAUGACAUUAGUGUGCUUGAAUUUAUUUUUACACUUUUAAAUAACUCUGGAGGGCAAAUAAAAAUGGUUGUCAAUGAUUUAGUGGGGCACUCACAGUAUACAUCAAAUAAGACCCUUGAGUCAGUCCAUGGAUUUAACAGGACUUUGAGGACGUUCCUUAAUCCUUUUCGCCAUGUUCAGCUUGCAUCAGUAGAACUUUUGGCAGAAAUUCAAACUCUUCUGAAAAAUAAAACUUCUGAAAUCCAAGAAAACAGCUCUGCUCAUUUGGAUAUUGAGAUUAAACCUUUCUUGCAUGAGAAAAAUACCAUUUUUUUGACGGAGUUCUUUCAAUAUGUGACUAGUAUACUUGACUCAAACUUGUUGGGGGAACACAAAACAUUUUUCCGCAUACUGAUAGAAAUAGCAGCUCUGAAUAUUGGACUGGUAAGGAAGGCACAAAAAUUUUUCAAGUCUUCUAGUUUUACUGGCUUUCCAUUAAGCAAUGAUAAAGAGUUUCUAAAGCAUAUGGUAGCCUUGGUCCAGAAUAUGAGGAACAUGGAUGUUGAGUUUUUAAGUCAAUUCAAACAAGCCCAGAGGAGCCUAGAUAAUUUCUUUAAAAAUAUCAAGCCUUUGUAUAUUGAGAACUCUGAAUUAGGAAUGUUAACAGACUGGUGGGAUGCAUUUGAAGCAAUUUGUUGGAACCUGACUGGCUUAUGGCAAAUAACCUUUGAAAAAGAUCAGCUCUAUGAUGUAGAAGAGAUGUUCCAUCUCCUCCUCAAUGUCGUCGGCCUUACAGGAAGAUUAGCUCAUGGAAACAUCACAGAAGCACUAACUGAAGUAUAUGCUUUCAUACUGACUCAGGAAGCAAAAGUGCCAAUGUUUACUGAAGAGGAGUUCUCUAAUCAAGUAGGAAGUCUUCUAGUGCUACUGGAUACACUGACAGAUAUGUCUGAUGAACCUGCGGAGGCCUCAGUUUGUUUUUCUGCAGCAUUCUGCUGGACUCUCACAACAGCAACACCUCAGACUUUUAAGCCUUGUGACUUUGUGCAUAGUAAUUUUACUCUUGGUUACAAUGCAGUCAUUGAAGUCAUUAAGGAGCUGAAACUCAUCACUCUGGAGGACAGUUCCUCCUGCACUAUGGAAGACUUUCAGAUGGAUGUCACUUGCAGUCUGACUUGCUGUUUUCAUCAGAUCAAAGAAUGGAACUCUAUUCUGAAGUUUUCUGAGCUCCCCCAUGUAAAUGGCUCAGUUCUCAAAGAGCUGCUGGAAUUUUUGAAUGAGCUAUCCCUCUAUGCUGUGCCACUGCAGAUGAAUAAUGCAUACUCAAUCCAUUGUUCCUCCACACUGAAGAGACAAGUGGCUUUACGAAUUGUAGAAGCACCCGAUGGUAUGCCAGUGGCAGAAAUGGAGAUGGCCAAAGGUGCUCUUGAACAGCUGGGUCAUCUUUAUGGUGGUAUAAGUUGGAACAGACAUUCAAGAACAUCACUUAUAAAGACUGCUCUUACUAAUGUUAAGAAUAUGACCAGUGAAGUUUCUGGACCCCUGGAUACAGAAGCUGUCCUUUCCUUUCUUUCUGUAAUUCAGCCUUUAAUGACGCUGUCUUCUGUUGGAAACUAGACAUAUUCAAUGCUUAUGAUAUUAUCAGCUUUAAAUGGAAACAGCGAUGUAUCCGAUAACUUUGAGAACUUCUGGUUUCCUAUAGUGACAGGCAUAGAAGAUUUAUUGGUGAAUUUUAAUGUUAGGCACUUAUUUGUGGUGAUAGACCAAGAGUUUCAAUUACUAAGGUUAGUCACUGGACAGUCCUCUUCAAUGGCUCUUGAUGUUUUAAUACAGCAGUUUAAUACAUCAUCUGUAGAGGCUACGUUAAGAAAUUUUGAAGACAUACAAGAGAUUGUGAACAGCUUUCUAUGUGAGUGUAACAACAAAAAUUAUUCUAAAAUAAUGCAUGCUCUAAUUCUUCUUAUGGCUAAUGAAAAUUCAUCAAAUGACCUACUGCUGGUUGUCAAAGACAUUAUUGACUUUCUGGAACUAUUCCAAGAUACGUCCAAGGAAGAUUACACUGGUAUGUUGUUUGUUGAUCGUCGUCUUAGCAGAGAAAAAUUGAAUAAUACUCAUACUGCUAAUUCAGUUUUGCUAAACAGUCUCCUCCAUGUAAUUGCUCAUCUUACUGUUGUAGAAGCAGCUCUGCAUACAAACAAUAUUAAGCUUCACUGUGUUGACUUCAUUGAUUCAUUUUUUGAUAAUGUACAAUAUAGAGAAGUUCCUACUCAGUCCUAAAACAGAACUCUGGAGAGCAUGAAAGAGAUCUUGCAAACGAUAUUUUAGUCUACCACAGAACAUGACAGGAACAAAAUAACAUUCUUACUAAAGGAUUUGUGUAAGGAUAUAAUGGCAGAAAUGAGAGCAUCUAAAAUCUGCAGGAUUCUUCAGAAACAUUUAUACCCUGCUAGUGUUCUAGCAGGGUUGCAGAAGUUGCAGUUUACCAUUCUGAAUGUUCUUAAAAUCUUUUCAGAAGAACCAGUUGUCAGUAGCAACCUUUUCUGUGUUACGAAGUGUGAAGAUGGAUUAAUGAGUCACUUACUCCUCUCUGUCAUUGAAGGAAUCACUCUGGUUGGAGAUCAUUAUCAGGAUAUCGAAAGAAUGUAGCCUGCUCUCAACAAGGGGGAUUGUGAGAGUACGGUGUAUAUAAACCAAAACCUUUCCAAUAUUUUGGAGAGCUUCCUGAGAGCCUUGCAGAAUACCAGUAAUGGCAGCCGCGAAUGUCAACUAAUGUUGGGAAACAUACAGAGACGACUGCAAAUGGUGGCUGAAAAUUUGGAGCUACAGCUGUCAGAAAAUCCAACGGUAGCUUUUCUCAGCAAUCUUAAUCUUUUGAAUGAUGCGAAAGUCAAAGAGUGUGUGCAGAAUCUUACUCGGUUGAGGCUGGACAUUGGUUCUUCUGUCAGUAUUUCUGAAGAAACUAUCAGUACCAUCUUGGAAGCCGGUAUCUCUCAUUCAAAGGUAAAAGAUCGAGAAGAGGUUUUUUUUUACAGUGCCUUCGUGAUAGCCUUAACUGGAAGAUGUGAUGAACAAGUACUUAGCCUGCUGCUAAAGCUUCUUGAAAACACUAAAACUUCCCCGGUGGUGGAAGAAUUAUGUUCUUUACCAGCACUGGACUUACAUAUCCUGUUUGUACUGAUUAUACAGAAUCUGAACUUAUGUCAUAUCAUUUACAAGGCAGGAAAAAAGCUGUGCGUACAAAAAAUGCAAAGGAGGAACAGUGUGUCAGGCAAGUUUGUUGACAUGGAAAACCUUCCAGUGUUCCUCCAAGGAAUUAAAAAUAGUGGUGUGCUUGACAUCUCUGCAUUGCAGCAGUACUUGCAAUGUGGGCAGUUCAGAAGUUCAGCUGUUGGAUCCCUGGAGUCUGUAAUCAAGGCAGUGUGUAAAGAAUCUUCAUUUUCACAUGCUCCAUUUUGCUUGAAGCUUUAUCAGGAGAUUUUGCGGUCUUCUAAUGGCUUGCUAUGGACUUUCCUGAAACCUUUAUUACAUGGGAAGAUAAAAACAUAGUCCCAAAUUGGAAUUUACAACUCAUUGAUUUCCCAGGCUAAUUUCACUUUUGGUUUUGUGGAAAACUUGAAGACUUAUUCUGAGGCAUGGCUUAGGAUGUCUGAGGUUUUUAAAACCAGUGGAAAUGUCUUCAUGGUCUCAUGACUGCAGGAAGCACUGCAAAUCAAUUUCAUAAAGCACUUUCUAUAAAGUAAUUUGGAUAUUGACACAGAAAAACUCUUAAAAAAAACGCAUGCAUAUGAAACUAUGAUGAACAAGAUGCUUAACAGCUCAGCAAGCAAGCAGAUUGACCUGUUGUCACAGCUUGUAGUAAAUAUAUCUUCCUGUGUGUUACUGGACUGUUUCCAGGCUUUUGACUCUGUUGAGAAACUGGAGGAGAAAGCUCAUGAACUGAUGCAGCAUAAUAAUUUUUUGGCUAGUAUCAUCUUCGAUACACCAAAGAACAAGACGCAAGAUUCUAGCAGUCUUCCACGACACAUUUCUUACACGAUGAGAACCAAUAUUCUCUAUAGCAUUAGAACGGAUUUGAUUAAAAGCCCAGCGUGGAAAUCCCAUCCCCAGAAGUUGCCAGCUGAUGAAUUUAAAAACAACCACAUCUUUAUUCCUCUUCAAGACAUGAUUGAAAGGGCAAUUAUUUCAGUACAGACUGGGACAGAUACCUCAGAGCCAGCCAUUCAGGCGCAAGCCAUGCCUUACCCUUGUCAUACCAGUGAUACUUUCUUGAACAAUAUAGGGGGUUUUUUCCUACUUACGAUGCUGUUAACAUGGAUGGUUACGUUUGCUGGCAUGGUUUGGGAGCUGGUUUACGAAAUAGAAAUUCAUGUUGAAGAGUAUAUGAAGACAAUUGGUGUAUAUCCAGCCAUUCAUUUCUUUGCUUGGUUUCUGGAGAAUGUCAUUGUGAUCACAAUAAGCAGCCCAUUUUUAAAAGUAAGCGGUAUCUUUGCUUAUAGCAAUGGCUUCCUCGUCUUCCUUUUUCUCCUGGAUUUUGGAAUUACAGUUAUUAUGUUAAGCUAUUUUUUGGGAACAUUUUUUAGCAGUGCUAAUACAGAAGCUCUUUGUGCCAGCCGUGUGUGUAUAAUCAAUUUUUUACCCUACGUAGUUUUGUUGGUCUUGCAGAACCAGUUGAGUUUCACCAGCCAGAUUAUAAUGGAACUGAAAAAGUAUCAUAAUGAUAUAAAAGUUGGAAUUCAGUGGAAUAAUGUGUGCCAGUCAAUGGCACAAGGAGGAUACAUGACCUCUGGAUGGAUGUGCUGGAUGAUGUUCUUUGACUCCAUUUUAUAUUUUAUGGGUGGCUGGUAUUUCCAGGAUAAGUCAUGCGUGCUGUGGGAAAACCUCCCACUGUGCUACCCAGCACCUCGAAGCUGGAAAGGCCCUUGCAUCGAAGGAGCCACCACUGCUGUCAUGCUGCUGUCUCUCACCAACGAGCAUGUGGAUGGCCAGAAGGCUGCUGUUAAAGAUCUCAUCCUCACUUUCCGUAGAGGUCAGGUAACAGUGCUCUUGGAACCUAAUGGAGCUGGCAAGACAAGAGUUACGUCACUGUUGACUAGUCUGUAUCCACCAAGCUCUGGUACCAUUAUUAUUAAUGGAAAGGGCAUACGUACUGAUCUGGCUGCCAUCGGGACAGAGCUGGGUAUUUGCCCACAGUAUGAUGUCCUGUUCAACAUACUAACAGUAUGAGAACAUCUACUGCUUUAUGGAUCAGUGAAGGCACCUGGCUGGACAAAGGAACAGUUGAAUCAGCAACUGACCCAAACUGGCCAACGGGUGGACAUGAUGUAACAUCAGUACAAACCUGUUGGAGCCCUUUCUGGGUGCAUGAAAAGGAGGCUGUCAACUGCCAUCUCCUUUAUUGGAAACUCAAAGACAGUUGUUCUAGAUGAGCCCACCAGUGGAGUAGAUCCAUGUUCUCGCCGUAGCAUCUGGGAGGUUCUUCUGAAGUACAAAGCUGGUUGCACACUGAUCUUUACCACUCACCAUCUUGAUGAGGCUGAGGUGCUCAGCGAUCUCAUUGCCCUCCUGCAGCUUGGCCAGCUGAGGUGCUGUGGUUCUCCCUCUUAUCUGAGAGAAACAUGUGGCUAGGGAUACAGUCUAAUGGUAUAAUAAAAAUGUACUGUACAGAACUUAACAGAUCCGAAGCAUAUUGUUCGGGUCACAUCUCUGGUACAGACCCACAUCCCAGAAGCCUUCUUGAAAGAGAAUGGUGAGACUCAGCUGACCUAUGUGAUUCCAGAAAGGGCAGAUAAGACCUCUUCUAAAGGUCUUUUUCAGGCUUUAGAUCAAAGCCUUCAUCAUCUACAUGUGACUGGCUAUGGCAUUUCUGACACCACCUUGGAAGAGGUAUUUCUGAAGCUCCUGCAGGACUCAGAGAAGAUGCCCUGUGUUCCAUAGGCAGCACACCUGGACCAUACAAAUACCGCUGAAUCAGUCUAUAUCUCACUGAUGGGGACCUCAAGUAUGCGUGGAGUCUGUCUUGUUCUCGCACAGAUUGUUACCCUUCUGAUGAAGAGGUUUUACCACGCUAGGCGAGACUGGACAGGAAGACUGUCAAAUGUGCUGCUGCCUGUCCUCUUUGUUGCAGGGGCAAUGGCCUUGUUUAGUGUGAAGCUGCUAGCUACUGAUAAUCCUUCUCUCAAGCUGACACCAAGACUUUAUGACAAUGCAGAAUCUUUCUUUAGCAUUGAAGAUGAUAACCUAGGAAACCUUUCUCAGAUUCUACUGAGAUAUUUCUGCGACCACACAUGCAUGCAUUCAAAACAAGGAAAAAAUAAUUCAUGUUGGCAGAUGGAAUCUACGUCACCCCAGGAUUCAUGCAGAUGUGCAGCUGAACGAGAGAUGUGUCCAAGUUUCAAUACCUCUGCUCCCUAAGUGAAGAAUAUGAAAGGACUUAUUUUGUAUAAUCUUUCAGGGUUCCUUGAGGAAGAAUAUUUAGUGACGUUUUCCGUGUAGUACAAUCAAAAAGGUUUCCAUUUGCUGCCGUCCUACUUAAAUGAACUCAGUAACUUAAUUCUGUGGCUGAAUUUGCCUCCUAAUAUGGAUUGAAGACAGUACGGGAUCACACUCUACAGCCAAGCAUAUGGAGGACCCUUGCUGGAUGAGGACAAAAUAAUGGAGAAUGUUUGUCAGUGUGGGGUAGCACUGUGUAUCAUGCUGGGUUUCUCUAUCCUUACCGCAUCCAUUGGAGGUGCCAUAGAAAGAGUAUCUGGCGCAAAACGCUUGCAGCACAUCACAGGCCUGGAUUACAAAACUUACUGGCUUGCUAACUUCUGCUGUGAUAUGGUAUGUAUCAUGUGGGGCAUCACCUUGUGUGUUGGUGUUAUUAGUGGCUUCCAGCUAUCAGCCUUCACUUGCUGAAAGAACUUGGCAGCCACUAUACUCCUGCUGAUAUUCUUUGGAUAUGCAACUUUACCGUGGAUGUAUAUUGUAUCCAGAUUCUUCUCAAGUUCAGAUAUAGCUUUUAUUUCUUAUAUCUCCCUAAAUUUUGUGUUUGGCCUAUGUACCAUACUGGUGACUCUCUUACCUCAUUUGUUAGCUACAAUUUCCAAAGUGCAGAGUUUUCAGAACAUCUACAAUAUCCUCAAAUGGGCAUUCAUUGUAUUCCCACAAUUCUGCUUAGGCCAGGGUUUAAUAGAACUUUCAUACAAUCAGAUCAAGUUUGACCUGACCAGCAACUUUGGCAUAGAUUCAUAUGUAAGCCCCUUUGAGAUCAAUUUCCCGGGCUGGAUUUUUGUGGAAAUGGCCCUGCAGGCAACACUACUUCUUUUAUGACUUUUUCUUCACUGGGAUCUCCUCCAGAAACCAAGAUACGUUACCAUUUGUAUUCUGCCAGAGGGUCAGCAUUCAAUUAACAGCAUGGUCAGCCCUUCAGAAGACAAUGUAGAAAUGGAGCAACAGCGACUCUUUGGUGGAAGAACUGGUAAUGAUGUCCUUCUUCUGUACAACCUCAGGAAGUGUUAUGGAGGUUUCAGUAAGAAGAACACAGCUGUGGAAAGCAUAAGCUUGGGAAUUCCGAGGGGAGAGUGUUUUGGACUCCUGGGAACAAAUGGAGCUGGGUGUGGCACAACAUUUAAGAUGCUGACUGGAGAUAUCAUCCCAUCUGCAGGACGUGCUGUUAUCAGGGCUCCUACAGGGUCUGAAAUGGAUAUACUGUCUGCUAGCUCUGACGGCAUUCUCACCGGCUGUUGUCCACAGCAAGAUGUCCUGGAUGAACUUUUAACGGGUUGGGAGCAUCUUUAUUAUUACUGCACACUGCGUGGAAUUCCAAAACAGGAUAUCCAUAAGGUUGCAGAGGACCUUGUUAACAGGUUAAUACACCUCAAUGCCCAUGCUGACAAACCAGUGAGAACAUACAGUGCUGGUGCAAAGAGGAAGCUCUUUACUGCUGUGGCUUUAGUUGGUAAACCCCAAAUACUUUUACUCGAUGAGCCCAGCUCUGGGAUGGAUCCCUGCUACCUUUGGAAGGUAGAAGGUAGAAGCUACCUUUGGAAAACCAUCCUGAAGCAAGUUCAGGAUGGCUGUGCAGCUGUGCUGACAUCCCACAGUAUGGAAGAAUGUGAAGCCCUCUGCACGCAGCUUGCUAUUAUGGUCAAUAGAAGUUUCAAGUGUCUUGGUUCUCCCCAGCACAUUAAAACCAGGUUUGGAGAUGGCUAUUCUGUCAAGAUUUGGCUUAGUAAAGAAAUGAGCUUUCAAAGAAUGAUUUUGGACUGUCUACAACUGCAUUUUCCUGGAACACAGUUUAAUGGACAGCAUCUUAACCUGCUCGAGUACCAGUCCCACGAAGUUGGGUGCUUAGCAGAGCUCUUCAGAGUCCUAGAGAAUCACAGAGUUUUUCUCCAAAUCAAACACUACCCCAUUAGCCAAACCACAUUAGAGCAGGUAUUCAUUAAUUUUGCUACACAACAGCAAGGAGUCUUGCAUUUUUCACAAGAAUCCCCUGUUGUUCAUCAUGACCACCUGCCAGUCUAGGCUCAGAAUAGGAUACAGCAUAUAUUCAGCUGCAUAUAUGUGUGUGUAUGUUUGUGUAUAUAUACAUGCAUUUUACAUGCAUAACUUUUCAGCUGUUAAGAAUUUGUGUAUGAGAAACAAAUAGUAGAGGCAGAGGUCAGUUUGCAUUUGUAGGCCAGAAGGAAUGCUAUCAGUUCUAAGUAAAAAAAGAAACUAGUUACAUGCAGACCAAAAAUCUGCCAAAAAGUAAUGCUUUUUAAUUAACUGGAAUUUUAUAAUAUAAAUGGCCUAUUAAUGCAGCUUUGUGAGGGGAAAAAAAAAAACGGAAAAAAAGGCUGAUCUGAAAUGUCACAGUGUAUAGCAGAUUUUUUUUUUUGGUGGUGGCUCUACAUUCAUUUGACUACAGUAAUCUCUUUCAUGCACACUUACUAUCUAAUUUUUACAUGACAAGGCAAGCAAAUCCCAUGGAAUCGUAGCAAUAGCUAGGCUAUCACCCAGUAUUUGUAUUUAAUAGCACAAAUUGAGAGCCUUUUGACUUCCAUAUUAAUUCAGUUCUGUGUUGUGACAA